GCUUGAAGGAGCACCUGUCCUCCCAGCAUCCUUUGCGUGUCCAAUAUGGAGGAACUGGCGGUGGAGGUCCGUGGCUCCAACGGGGCUUAUUACAAGGGCUUUGUCAAAGACAUCCACGAUGACUCUCUCACCAUUGCCUUUGAGAACAACUGGCAGCCAGAACGCCAGGUGCCCUUCAGUGACGUCAGGAUGCCGCCACCCGCUGAUGCCAAGAAGGAGAUUGGAGAAGGCGAGGACGUGGAGAUCUUGUCCAGAGCCAACGAACAGGAGCCGUGUGGUUGGUGGUUAGCUAAAGUCCGCAUGAUGAAGGGAGACUUCUAUGUGAUCGAGUACGCGGCCUGUGAUGCAACCUACAACGAGAUCGUGACCUUUGAGCGUCUGCGUCCUGUCAACCCCAACAAGGCCAUCACCAAGAACUCCUUCUACAAGUGCACUGUCCCUGUUCCUCAGGAUCUACAAGAAGCGUGCCAGAAUGAGAAUGCACAUAAGGAUUUCAAGAAAGCUGUGGGAGCUUGUCGCAUCACAUACUGCCCUGAGACCAGUCAGCUCCUGAUUGUGUCGACCAAUGAGGCGACAGUGAAGCGCGUGUCUUUGCUGAGCGACAUGCACCUGCGCAGCAUCCGAACCAAGCUGCUUCUAAUGUCUCGCAACCAGGAGGCCACAAAACACCUGGAGAACUCCAGGCAGCUGGUGUCGUCCUUCCAGGAGGAGUUCAUGGUGAGGCCCGAUCUGAUGGGCCUGGCCAUCGGCAGCCACGGCAGCAACAUCCAGCAGGCGCGAAAGGUUCAGGGUGUCACCGCCAUUGAGCUGGACGAGGAGACGGGCACCUUCAGGAUUUAUGGAGAGACAGCGGAGGCCGUGAGGAAGGCCAGGAGCUACUUGGAGUUCCUGGAAGAUUCUGUUCAGGUGCCACGUAACCUCGUUGGCAAAGUGAUCGGUAAGAACGGUAAGGUCAUCCAGGAGAUUGUGGACAAGUCUGGUGUGGUGAGGGUCAGGAUAGAAGGGGACAAUGACACCAAGCAGCCCAGACAAGAAUUGACACAGGGAAUGGUCCCAUUCACCUUUGUCGGUACUAAGGAGAGUAUUGGCAAUGUCCAGGUCUUGUUGGAGUACCACAUCUCUUACCUCAAUGAGGUUGAGCAGCUUCGUCUCGAGCGGAUGCAGAUUGAUGAACAGUUGCGCCAGAUCACCCAGGGCCACCGACCAGCUGACAGGGAGAGAGGAGAGAGGGGGGAAAGAGGAGGUGGAGGAGGAGGAUAUAAUGCAGACAAUGGCGCGAAUGCCUCCUCUUUACAUGGCAGUCGCUCCUACAACGGCCGGGGCCGUGGACGCAGAGGCCACAGCUACAGCACUGGAUAUGGCACCAACUCGGAGCAGUCCAACGCCUCUGAGACCGAUUCAGAGCGCAGGGAUGAGCUCAGUGACUGGUCCCUGGCUGGAGAGGACCAGGACAGAGAGAGGGAGAGAGGUCCACGUCCACAGAGAGACGGACGCAGGAGGCCAGGACCCGGCAGAGGCCGAGGAGGAAGGGGAAGAGGAGGAAGAGGAGGAUACAGCAACAGUUAUGCGGGGCCUCGGGAACACGAGGACAGCUAUGGCUACGGGGCCUUGGAGACGAACACAGAGACGGACCAGACAGCCGACACCGAUGCUAGCGAGUCCAACCUGUUGGCGAACCGCCGCCGGAGGUCCCGGCGACGCAGAACAGAUGAGGACGCCACUCUGAUGGACGGCAUGAGCGAGUCUGACAACGCCUCGGUCAGCGAAAACGGAAUCGAUGACCCCGAAGCUAAACCUCAGCGUCGUAACCGUAGCCGCCGUCGCCGCAUCCGCCUGCCCGAGGAGAGGCAGCCAGUGACUGUGGCCGACUACAUAUCCAGGGCUGAGUCUCAGAGCAGACAGAUGACCACCGCCAAGGAGACCAAGAAAAACAACGAAGUGGGUGAGGUGGACGUCAUCGCUGAGGACAGCAGCCCGCCGUCAGCCCCGGCCGCCACCAAUGGUUCCAGCAACGGCGCUGCCAGCGGUGAGGACAACAACGCCACGAGAUCUCCCAGGUCUUCCACCGAGAGGCCCACCACCAAAGUCUCCUACAAGGGGGACUCUAGCCCGCAACCUGUCGUCAAUGGACUCUCCUAGUCCGAGCUGAGCGAAGGAAAUUGGUUUCAAGUAUUUGAGCGUCUUUGGCUGCUUUCGAUUAAUUAUUAAUAAUCUCUGGAGCAGCCUUCAAAAAUGAAUCUUAACAUCUAAAUAAGACAAGCACUGUUUUUUUUUCUUUUUCUCUUUACUUCACAAAUAUUUGAAACCUGUUCCACUGUGCAAGUUUUCUGACCCUUAACCUCCCCUUUACAUAUGUUCUGUCCAACUAUUCAUUUUACAACAUUUCUUUUCGCAAUAGUUCUUCCUGUAUGCCAAAGAUAGUCAAACACACACAGACUUACAGACUUUUCAGUCCGCUCUUCAUUGAAAGCUCAGGGAGAGGUUGGACUGACUAUAAAAAUGCAGACAGGGAUUCCACUCAAACCCAUACUGUGGUAUGAACGCAGCAGUUACUAUUAUUAUAAUUAUUAUUAUUUUCUUUUAAUUCAUGACAGGGUAUGGCACUGAAAAACGUCUGCCCUUUACCAGGUCGACUCAGAAAAGAUGCUUCCAGGGUUUUACGCAUCUAGUAGGUUGUAAAUUAAUUGUUCUGCAUGAGAAGUACCACAGUUCAGAUUUGAUUUGUUGGAAACCCAAGUAUGUUUUACAUACACAGUACAUGUGAUCAGCUGUUGUGCCUUGAGAGUAGAUUCAACAUGUUGUUGCCUGGCUCUGCACACCAUCUGCAGUCCUGCUUUCUGCGUUUCCUAUUUGCCGUCGCCUCACACGGUUAAGCCAGGUAUCGUGUCUCCGUGUCCUAAAAAGUUCUCCUAUGUUGACUGUGGGUGGGCGAAGGCAAAAUAAGGAAACGCUAACAGGAUUUCAGAGGCAUCUUUUUAAAAAUCAGGUGUGUCUGUUCUUAAUGUUGUGCAGGGGAAAAUGAAUCCAGUUAUCCUUUAUAUAUAUAUAUCUACAUAUAUAUAUAUAUAUAUAUAUCUGUUGAGGAGUUAGCUGCUUCCUGUUUUUUCAAUAUGCAACCACUUCGGUCAUAGAAGAAAUGUCUGGAAAAGAAACAAUAGAGGAGUUGUUUUCUUUGCACUGAAACGUAACCUUUUUUGUCUAAAAGCUGAUUGUAGUUGAGUCUGGAAACUGGCCUACUGCUGUUUAGUGCUGGACAGAGAUGUAGCCAUCAGAGCUGGGUUUCCGGCAAACAUCUCAAAGCAUCAGGCAGCUUCAUCAAGUUUAGCAAGAGGCGCAUCCCGAGUGCUGUUUUUCACAGAAGCCGUAUUAAUUUAAGUUUAAUCCGCUUUUAUUUUGCCGAACCGUUGGAACCGAACUCCUCUGAUGCUGAGAUGUUUCUGCAAACCCAGGCUCAGGUGACACUGAUGUCAUUUUCAUGGUUCUUCCACACUGGCUGGCUGGAAACUGGUCACGACUGUUCCACUAAGGAAGGAGAUUUAUUUGGUUUAUUUAUUUUUAAAAAAAAAUGUACAGUAUUUAAAAAAACAAACAAAAACAAAACAAGCUCUUCUUCUUUUUUUUCUUGACACUAAAACACUCGAUACCCGGAAGACAAUUUGGACUACUGAGAGUUGCGACAUCCCAAGUGUUUUCGUUGGGUCAACUACAGUAUAAUGUUUUUUUUUUUUUUUUUUUUUUUAAAAGGAUCGUCUGGUUGGUUGAUGUGCAAUAUGUUUUGUAUGCAGGUAGUUCUUAAAUAAACUCGAUCUUCCAUGUAGAUCUAAAACACAA